AAGAACAUCUGAAUCUGGAAAACUCAGUGCCCUAACUGAAUAUUCGGCAAAUCCAAACCUCGAUUAAAGAAAAUGAAGGUUUGAACUUACUUAAUCUCAAGCAUAACUGACAAGGGUGAGAAGCAAUGACAUCGUGUUACGGACCGUUGAUCGAUCUCUCAGAAGCUUCUCAUCAUAUGGGUCACUUCGUCCAGCUUCUGGUUUUCGUUCACCGCUCCACUCCUGUUCAGGUUUCUCUAAUCUCUCCCUCUGUUCAACUGUGUGGGUCUGUGUUUUUUCCUUUUUUUUCUUCAAUAACUGUGAUUUCUAACAUCUCCGUGUGUUCCGUGUGGGUGAAACGAAAGUAUAAAUUAUCUAAAGGAGGAGAAAUAAUCAAGACGGACAUUCAGGUGGGCGAUGACACUCAAUCCCUUUUCUCCGUCUCCUUAUGGAAAAAAGAACUGCGAUCAAUCGCUGCUGCAGGCGACAUCGUCUUAUUGCGAAAUGUCAAGAUUACAAAAUUCCGAGAUGUUUUCGAGGCCAGAAGUGAUGACUGGUCAUCUUUACACUGUCUAGUCCACCCUUACCAGUCCCUUGUUUCAAAGAGUGCAAUUGAAUUAGUAGCAGAGUGUAAAAUGGGGAUAGUGGUCAAAGAAAAGCUUUCCAAGGUUAUAGAAUGGGUGCGGAGGACCGGAUAUUAUGCUAUUGAGAAUGUUGACCCAUAUGAUCAUCAAAAGAGGCGACUAUCCAGAAAUUGGAAAGUGCCAGAACCAAAUAAAUGGAGAGAAUGUCCCUCACUUUCAGAAGUUUUGUGCCUGAACAGUAACUGUAAGGCGAUAUUUAGUGCUUCUGUUGGAGAGAUUUUUCUGCCGAUUACAUGGAGGCGCAUUGGAGAAUCUGAAAAUGAAAAUAUGUUUAUUAGCAGGAGAUUAUAUACAUCAGCAGGCAAUGGUUUAGCUGAAGAUCUUAUAUGCACUGGUUGCCAGCUAUGUGGUUCCCCUUUGCAUCAAGAGCACGGCAGGUCUAUAUUUGGGAGAGUUCCACUCUAUUGUGAGAAAAGCUCGGAUCGCCUUCAUGCAGUCAACUUGAUAUAUAGGCCUUUUAUGUUAUAUUUAUGGGAUGAAUAUGAACACAUGCCGGUACUGGUAAAAAACAAUGCUGCAGAGAGAUUGUUUGGAAGCAUCAAGGCCGAAAGAGUUUUCUUGUGCUAUAGAGAGUCCAAGUGUGAUAAAACCCUCAAUCCGGGUUGUGUUGCUAAGAACAGUCAGCGCGGUUGUGGCACAAGAACCCACGAUUCUCCAAAAGCUGCUGGGACAAGUCAUUCGGAGUAUUGCUCAUCAGAUGCACACGAGAGGCAGGCAAAUGGGCAGAACCUAAAAAGCAUAAAUGUUUUUCAAAUUUGGUUAGUUGUUCUUAAAAUGCUGUUGCAGCAAGGAAAAAACAGUCCAAUGAAGUUUGAAGUUGCUGUAAAUGCCAGCCUUGAUGUAGAAAAUGGGAGAUUCGAAAUGCUAUCUGUUUCAACCCCUUGUUUUAAAAAUAGUCCUUGGAAUGAAUUGAAUGUUUGAAUACGGGGAUUAAAUUGUAUGGGAGGCAAUCUUCAAGUGGUUAAAUACAGCAGCAUAGAGAA